AUGAAGGAUUUGCGAGAAGAGGAGCCUGAGCUCGAUCGAGCUGAGGAUCGAGCUGAGUCUCAAGCUGAGGAUCAGAGUCCAGGAGAGUGCGGAUUUGGAGGAUUGGACUUCUCCAAAGGUUCAACAAGUGGCAAGGGAAAGCCAUGGAAAGAUGCAAAAGUCCAUGGACAAGAUGGUGAGCAAGAUCAAGAGUUUGGAGAAGAAAGUUUCUGGUUCUUCAAGCAAGAAGAAGACCCAAGGCCCCCACUUUCCCUAGGAGUAGAUCACUCCUCACCACUCAAAGGAGGCUCCUGCCCAAGAAGCCUCACAGAGCCUCUUCUUUCGAGCCAAGGGAAGGGAAGACAACACGCAGAGAAGGAGGAAGACUCCAAGGCCAGACGCUCCAGCUCGACCACCGGACUCGAUCGAGUCCAAACAGAGGAAACUCAACUCGAUCGAGCUGAGGGUCGAGUUGACCUGGAGGAGCCCCUGUUUGAGAAUCCGGGAUUCGAGUACGAUCCCACCUUACCAGGACUUCUCUCAGAGAUGGACCCCUACAACCGCUUCGAGCGAGCACAAGCUCCACCAAGGCCAAGGAAGCCACACCCACUUUGA